UCUCAAAAAUACAAACUCACAUUCGGUUUCCGUAUUGAAAUUUUAAAGUUAAGCACAUCUGAAACCGUACUUAAGCCAUUUAACAGGUUUCCGUUACCGUUUCUUUUUUUAAUGUUAAUUGCAGGAGAUAAACUAGGACUUUGGCAAUAAUCAGUUGAGAUUUUGUACUUUUCUCAAUUCAGAAACAGCCUUUAUAUAUUGGUAAUAGUAUAUAUGUAUUAAAUCUGUCUUAUAUACUUUUCGAAUUUACUUUUUGCUUUUGAAACAAACAAGCAAAAAAACAAAUGUUUCUGCUUUAUGAAUUAUAAAGCGGAAAGACUUGUUUUAUUUUAAUUGUUAUUGAUUAUUAACUCGAUCAUUAUAGAUAAGAGUAUUAUUCGAAAUCAUAUUGUCCAUAGAUGAGAAAGUGCGUCCGUGCAAAGAAGUGUUACCGUUUCCUGCGUGCGCGCCGCAGACGCCGCACGUGCAGUACCGUGCGCUCCUAUACCUGCACGUGCGCGACAUCAACCUCAACGCGUACGCCUCGCGUACGGGAUCCGCCCGCAACAUCACCGUCAGUAUACUCACGCACACUCGCCACCAGUACCCGCCCACUCCUCUACCUGCACGUGACUGUACAGCAGAGAAUUAUAUAUUAGGGAAAAAAGAGCUCACUCUCCAUUUUUUUUGUACUGUGACUAGCAUUUAUGCCGAUUCAACAAUCAUAUCUUAUUAUUUCUGUUCUUCUAUCAAACUGUAUGUAUAGUGUACUUUUCAACGCAUUUUUUAUAGUUUCUUCUUGACGAGCAAGAUUUCAACAUUUACGCAUCAAGUAUUACAAUGACAAUUAUCUUUCAAUAGGGCUUCUAUUAUCGAAAUAUUUUUCUUCUAUAACUUGUAUAAAAUAAAUAGACUAUGAAUGAGAUCUUCUUCCUUUUCUUUUUGCGCAUUGCGCACAUUUCUGUCAAUGUCAAGUGAAUAAAUAAAUUUCUACAUGUAAAAUAAAAAUGAAAUUAAUAAAACAUAUUUUCGAUAUUUUCAUUGAAAUCAACAAUUGUGUUGCUAAGCAACUUCAAAUCCCUUGUUUGGUUGCCUGGCUACAUCACUUUUGACGUUUCAGUUUACAGGGUUCACCGCUCGAUGGCGCUAGUAAAAAUCUCAGCUGCCACUUAUAAGGGAGUGUCCCACCCUUAUUAUAUUAUAGUAAUAUGUGACGUUGGUGGUAUACGUUCAGGUCCGCGUGCAGCUGAUGUGCGGCGAGGACCAGGGCAGCGCUCUGGCGGGCAUAUUCGGCCGCAGCUCCUGUCCCGAGUUCACUACAGAGGCGUACACCACUGUACUAUAUCACAACAAAAACCCAUCUCUGUACGAUGAGAUCAAACUGAAGCUGCCAGCUGAUCUCGGCGAUCAGCACCAUCUACUGUUCACUUUCCUCCACGUCUCCUGUCAGAGAAAACCCGUCGCACCAGACCAGGAGAAGAAUGUCGAAACGCCUAUUGGAUACUCGUGGCUACCGUUGUGCCGUAAUGGUAAACUGACAUGCGGCGAGUUCAACUUGCCCGUGAUGCAAGAGGAGCCGCCGCCCAACUACUCGUACAUAUUCCCGGAGGUGCUGCUGCCCGGCACCAGGUGGAUCGACAACCACAAGCCGAUAUUCAACGUCGUACUGGACGCCCACACCACCGUGCACCCACUGGUCAGUUCAUAUAUAUACACUCUAUACUAUAGUAUCAAAAUUAGGAGCCCUCCAUUAGUCAAGUGAUGUUUUUUUUGCAGCAUUUCCUUGGUGAUAUAUGGUAGAGUUUAAGACUAGCCCUCAUCCCUCCACCCAAAUUAAAAGUAAUUAAGUACCUACAAAAAAAAAACAUAAUUUUUGACACCGCUUUUUGGUUAAAUAGUCGCACUCCUACAGCCCCCUUUCCCCUAGUGAAAUUUUGUAAUUUUUUACGA